CUCAUCUCCCCCAUAUCCCUUUCGCCCAGCUAGUACGUCUUUUCUCUGCCAUCUUGCUGCACAGGACUGCAAUUUCUGUCUUCGAUUUGUCCCACCACGAUGCCUGCUACAUCCCCCAAGCCGCCGCCCUUCGACCCGGAGCUAACACCUUUUUUCGCGGCUGUGCCUCCUGCCGACAUCCCACCAGAGGCAAUCCCAGAGCUACGCAGGAUCCAAAACGAGGCUGCGACUUUGCAGCUGGCGCUCAAAGAUCAGCCUUUCCACCACCACGAGCGCCACGUCGACGGCCCUCAUGGAAGCGUCCCCGUCUCCAUCUUUGUCCCCAAGUCGGCCCCGUCAGGCAGCACGCGUCGGCCAGCCAUCUUCUUCAUCCACAGCGGCGGCAUGAUCUGUGGCAAUCGCUUCACUUUUGUUCAGGACUCGCUACGCUGGGCGGCAGUCACCAAUGCUCUUCUUAUCACGGUCGAAUAUCGCCAGUCUCCUGAGCACCCGUUUCCCGUUCCGCACGACGACUGCUGGGCCGCUCUCAAGUGGGUAAGCCAGAAUGCGUCCUCCCUCGGCUUCGACCCGGCCCGGCUGCUCGUCGCGGGCCAGUCCGCAGGUGGCAACCUUGCAGCCACGAUGGCUUUGAGGGCGCGGGAUGAGCAAGAAAGCGCGGUCCAGCUGGCCGGCCUGCUCAUCGAUGCGGGUAUGCUCGACGACCGCAUGACGACAUCAUCGAUGGCUGAGGCUGAGAUGAAGGGCACCUGGACGCGAGGAUCCAACAUCACUGCGUGGAACGCCUAUCUCGACGGCAGUAGCACCACACCGAGCAGACGCGGCACGAAAAACGUGAGCCAGUACGCCGCCCCUGCGCGAGCAACGGACUUAUCCAAGCUCCCUCCUACUUUCGUUGGUGUCGGGUCUGCCGAGGCUUUCCGCGAUGAGAACGUCGAGUUUGCGAGCAGGAUGUAUGCUGCGGGAGGGGUUGUGGAACUACAUGUCUGGCCAGGAGGCUACCACUGCUUUGACCAACUGUUGCCCAACGCAGAGGUGUCGAAGCGGUCAUUGGCGGCGAAGACGGCGUGGGUUGAAAAGUUGUUUGCGCAGGAGGCUGCAGCGGUACAAGCGAAGCUGUGACCUGAUGCGAUACAUGUAAAGUAGCUUUUGCUCUAGGCUGUCCUGAAGGGGACGGACCCCGAAUAGACACUUUUGGCAUUCCGUGGUCUCGGGUCUUUUAAAAGAAACGUGCCUGGAACGUUGACUUGGCCAAAAGCCGUAGACUCGGUCACAACUCCUUAAGCAGCCAUUUGUGGCCGAGAGGAGUUCAGUUGCACAUCGGGGACGACUUCGUAGUAUUGGUCCAAGUUGCAGUUGUCGUGCAUGUCAUGCUUGCUUGCGAUGACCGCCGCAGGACUCAAAGAACCAAUGCACCGU